GCUUGUUAGCUGCUCUCGGUGGUCCCGUUAACCGGUAGAUCGGUUCCUCUCCUCCGGUAGAAACAAGAUGGAGCCGUUAAACCGGGUUUACUAAACACAUCUGGAAGUGUUAAUCAUCGCGAGGACAAAAGACAGGCUUUAAUGAACGGUCAGGUGGAGGUCGGCAUGGCGGAGCAGUCGGACCCCGAAGAUGCCGCGUCAGAGAGAGAUAUCUACAUGCGCUUCAUGAAAUGUCACAAAUGUUACGACAUCAUUCCCACCAGCUCCAAACUGGUGGUUUUCGACACCACUCUGCAGGUGAAGAAGGCAUUCUUUGCUCUGGUGGCCAACGGAGUGAGAGCUGCUCCACUGUGGGAGAGCAAGAAACAGAGCUUUGUAG